GCGGGGGCGGACCGGGCUGGAGUUGUUGUGAAGCAGCUGGGAACACGUGAAGACAGCAACGUCAUCAUAAACAUUAGUAGCCAACAUGGCGGCUCCUGUGGGUGGAAAGGUUGUAUAUGAACAAGAAGGGGUUUUCAUUCACUCCUCCAGUGGAAACAAUGAUGAUCAGGAUUCUUUACUCUCCGGGACGCUGCGAGUCAUAGAAAAGGAUACUGAAGUGGUGGUAGAUUGGAGACCACUGGAUGAUUCAUUAGACUCUUCUAAUAUACUAUAUGCUAGAAAGGAUUCCAGUUCUGUUGUUGAGUGGGUGCAGACUCCUAAAGAAAAGAUUCCACGAGGGCCAGAACAUACAAACAGUUACGAGGCAGAAUGGGAUAUGGUCAACACAGUCUCUUUUAAAAAGAAACCACAUUCAAAUGGAGAUGCAACUGUUCGUACAAAUGGAGAGAGCAAGUGGUCCUUCCUGUUUUGUUUAACAGAUUUGAAGUCCAUUAAGCAAAACAAAGAAGGAAUGGGAUGGUCCUAUUUGGUGUUCUGCUUAAAGGAUGAUGUUGUCCUCCCAGCUCUUCACUUCCAUCAUGGAGACAGCAGCUUAUUGAUUCAGUCACUGAAAAAAUAUGUGGUGCUCUGUGAAUCUCCACAUGAUAAAAGGAUUCUGAACUGUCAGAGCAUUCCACAGUCCUUUGAAAAUCUCCUUGAUGAACCAACAUAUGGUCUAAUACAGAAAUUGAAAAAGGAUCCUUACACAGCAACAAUGGGAGGAUUUUCCAAAGUGACCAACUAUAUUUUUGAUAGUUUACGAGGAAGUGAUGUGACAGCUCAGCAACGGCCUCCAUCAGAAAUGGCAGAUUUCAUUAGUGAUGCUAUUCCAGGAUUAAAAAUAAAUCAACAGGAAGAACCAGGAUUUGAAGUAAUUACACGUAUUGAUCUAGGAAAGCGACCUGAAGUUCACAGAAGGCAGCCAGUGUCAGUUGAAGAAUGGACCAAGAGCAUGGAUUCUGAAGGAAGAAUCUUAAAUGCUGACUCAAUGAAGCAAAUGAUAUUCAAAGGGGGGCUUUGUCAUGCUUUGAGGAAGGAAGUGUGGAAAUUUCUUUUGGGCUAUUAUCCUUGGCACAGUACUAGGGAAGAGAGAACAAAUGUGCAGAAAAGGAAAAUAGAUGAAUAUUUCAGGAUGAAGCUUCAGUGGAAAUCUGUCAGUGAAGAACAAGAAAAAAGAAACUAUCGAUUAAGGGACUACAGAAGUCUUAUAGAAAAAGAUGUAAACAGAACAGAUCGAACAAACAAGUUUUAUGAAGGCCAAGAUAAUCCUGGGUUGAUCUUACUUCAUGACAUUUUGAUGACUUAUUGCAUGUAUGACUUUGACUUGGGCUAUGUUCAGGGAAUGAGUGACUUACUUUCUCCUAUUUUAUAUGUGAUGGAGAAUGAAGUGGAUGCUUUUUGGUGCUUUGCAUUGUACAUGGAUCAAAUGCACCAGAAUUUUGAAGAGCAAAUGCAGGGUAUGAAGACACAACUAAUUCAACUUAGUACUUUACUACGCUUGCUAGAUAGUGGAUUUUGCAGUUACUUGGAAUCUCAGGAUUCAGGGUACCUGUAUUUUUGCUUCCGGUGGCUUCUAAUAAGAUUUAAAAGAGAAUUUAGUUUUCCAGAUAUUCUUCGUUUAUGGGAGGUGAUGUGGACAGACUUGCCUUGUCAGAACUUCCAUCUUCUUAUCUGUUGUGCUAUCCUGGAAUCUGAAAAGCAGCAAAUAAUGGAAAAGCAUUAUGGGUUUAAUGAAAUACUCAAGCAUAUCAAUGAACUGUCUAUGAAAAUUGACGUGGAAGAUGUGCUUUGCAAAGCAGAAGCCAUUUCUAUGCAGAUGAUGAAUUGCAAGGAAUUGCCUCAAGCGGUCUGUGAGGUCCUGGGAUUAGAAAACAGUGCUGUAACAACACCAGAUUCGGACACUGGAGAAGAUGAGACUUCUGGAGGGCUAAGUUGCUCUACAUCAGCAUAUCCAAAUAUCUCCAUGCCUGUCGCUGCUGCCAAUGGAACAAACGAGAGCAUUGAACAAGUGGCCCACCCAGUGAUGACAAACUGACAUUUGCACAAUUGUUUGCUUGUAUUUUUGAAGAGACACUUUAUUACAGCUGUUUUUGUUUCUUUCAAGCACUUGAGGUGGGUAUUUAAAAUUUUGUGUUGAUUAAGCUUUAAAGUUUUGGAAAAGAGAUCAUGUACUGUAAUACUCUUGCAUCAAAGCUUUACAACAUGAGCUAAUUAUUUUUGUAGUUCCUUCUACCAAAAUAGCCUUUAUGAUUUUCAAUAACAUUCCUUAAUACUUUUGUAGCCAAGUGGUUUUUUUCUCCAGUGAAAUGGGCAUCAGAUGAAUGUGAAUGGCUUGGAAAUAAAUGCAUCUGUAUCGCUUUUACUUUGAAAAGUCUUGAGCAUUGAUGGUUCUUCAAUAUCAUAAGCUUCAAAAACUCUACUAUUUCUUAAGUGAAACAUGCGAACUUCAUAAACAGUGCUUUGUAAAUGAAAGGAUUCUGUUCCUGCUCAAAUGUUUACAAAAACACUUUCUAAGUAUUCAUGGUGAUUGAAUGUAGAUUUGCAAUGAAGAUUUUCAUUUGUGCAGUUCCCUGAUCCUGAGUUUUGUGUAAUCCCAGGGAUGGCUGAACAGUACAUUUUUACAUCUCUUCACUUAUACAUAUGUAUGUAUGUAUAAAUUAGAUACAUAUUCAAACUUAUGAGUAUUAAAGGAAAUCUAUUUUUGACUAAGCAAACUUGGCUGUUCAUUCAGGCAAUUUUGACCAAAUUUUAAUACAUAGCUCCAAAUCUGGCUAUUUUUGAAAAUCAUUUUUCUAAAUAAGGAUAAAAUUAUGUGUGGAUCUAUUCAGUUUCUCCACUUGAUGUAAUUUUACAAUGGUUUUCUUUCUCAAUUAACUAAUGUUGAUCGUUGCUGAAUAGUUUAGUAAUUGUUUAAUAAAAAUCAACUUACAUUGCCUCUAUAUUAGAUUACAAGAUAAACCUCUAAAAAGCAGGUAAAAAUAAAUGCAAAAUACUAAUCGCCUUGGGUUUGUUUCCCCCAUUUAGUUCGGCGUAAGCUCUUAAGGCACAACUAGCACAAAUGCUUAUUUUGGAGGAUUGUGCCCAUUGUCUUAACAAUAAAUAACUUGCAUAUAAGAAACAAGCUUA